AUGUCCUUCUUUGAGAAAAUGUCUACAGCAGAUUUGAUGGAGAAUCUCAGGGAAGAACUGACCUGUUUCAUCUGCUUGGACUAUUUCACCAACCCAGUGACCACUGAGUGUGGGCAUAGCUUUUGUCUGGUGUGUCUCCUGAAGAGCUGGGAGGAGCAUAGCAAUCCUUUGUCUUGUCCAGAGUGCUGGAGGACGUUGGAGACACCACAUUUCCAGCCCAAUGAGCGUCUGGGAAGGCUGGCUGGCAUCGGCAAGCAACUCAGACGCCAGGUGCUGCAGAGUGAGGGCGAGCUUAAGAGAAUGCUGGCAACCGCUAAGCUGUUGUCUGAGGAUGAGCAGGGUGUAAACGCUUUUUCAACUCAAGGUCAUGGAGGAAACAGAGUGUAUCUGUCCAGUGAGGCUGGGGAGCACCACAAAGAGAAGCUGCAGGAAACCCUACAUCUUUUGCAUAAAAAGAAAAAUGAAACUCAGCUUAUAUUAACCCAUGAGAAGGAGAGAGUGAUACUGUGCACAGAAGAGACAAAGACUUGUAAACAGGCCGUGGUAUCAGAAUAUAUAAAAAUGCACCAGUUCCUGAAGGAGGAGGAGCAGAUACAGCUCCAGUUACUGGAAAAGGAGGAACGAGAAAACAUGAAGAAACUAAGGGACAAUGAGCUCAAGUUGACCCAGCAAAUAAGAAGUCUAACCAAGCUGAUUGAACAGAUAGAGUCCACAUGUCAGAACUCCAUCGUAGAAUCUUUAGAGGAUGUGCGAGGAACACUGGAAAGGAGUGAAGCCCUCUUGCUUCAGUGUCCGGAGGCCACCACCACAAGACUGAGUCUGUGCCGCAUCACUGGAAUGAGGGAGAUGCUAAGAAAAUUUAGCACAGACAUAAGUCUGGAUCCAGCCACAGCCAAUGCCUACCUAGUCUUGUCUGAGGACCUGAGGAGUGUGAGACAUGGCGGAAUCCGACAGCAGUUACCUGACAACCCGGAACGAUUUGACCAGUCCGCAACGGUUUUGGGAGCUCAGGCCUUCACCUGCGGGAGGCACUACUGGGAGGUGGACGUGGGAAACAAGACUGAGUGGGAAGUGGGCGUCUGCAAGGACUCGCUGAGCCGGAAGGGGAACCUCCCGAAGCCGCCCGGGGACCUCUUCUCACUGAUUGGCUUAAAAAUUGGAGACGAUUAUAGUCUUUGGGUCUCAUCACCUUUAAAAGGUCAACAUGUCCGAGAGCCUGUGCACAAAGUUGGUGUUUUCUUAGACUAUGAAUGUGGACACAUAGCCUUCUACAAUGUGACCGAUGAGUCUCUCAUCUACAGCUUCCCUCCCACCUCAUUCCAAGAGGCUCUUAGGCCCAUCUUUUCCCCUUGCCUCCCAAAUGAAGGGACAAACACGGGCCCUCUCACCAUCUGCUCACUGAUCAGCCAUGCUUGA